GCUGCUCCCGCUGCUCCGGCUUCUUCUCCUGCUGCGGCUGCUCCCGCGGCCGUGAAAUUUGACGGACUCACUAAAACCAACAAGAUGAAGGUGAAAUGCAGCCAGCUGGGUUUGGUGUUCUUCCUCGUUCUCUCAGUGGUCAUGACAGGAUGCUUUUUCUGGCAAUACCAGCUGCCAAAACUACCGCCAGAUGACGCCAUGGGCCGCAAUGCCAAAUCCGAAAUGAUGUGUCCUCGUUACCCCGAGCCUCUCCCUCUGGAGCAUCCCAUCCCCAGUCUGAAGGAGGCUCUGGAAAAGGUGGACGUCAUGCUCCGACAGAGCAUCAACCCCAUCAGCCUCCCCUCUCUCUCCGCCAUCGUCGUCUUAAACGACACAGUUUUAUGGACCGGCAACUUUGGGCGGAGGAACGGCAGCGACCCGCUCUCCGGAUCACCAAACGAGUACACAAUCUACAGGAUUGCCAGCCUAUCCAAAAUCUUCCCAACUCUGAUGCUGUACAAACUGUGGGAGGACGGGAAGGUCGGCUCGCUCGACGACCCUCUGGAGAAGUACGUGGACAACUUCACGAUCAAAAACCCUCUGGGGAAGACACGAGACUCGGAGCUGAAGUACGUGACCGACGGCCUGAUAUUUCUGGACAGCGGGGAGGUUCAGAUCCGCUCCUCCUCCGUCACCCUGCGCAGGAUGGCCAGCCAACUCUCAGGUUUGCCCAGGAGACUCCGGGCCACGAAUCUGCUAUGGAAAGGAAAAACACAAUCUGCAAUCAAUCUGCUGCAGGAUGAUGUCCUUGUUGCAGAUCCAGGAACCAGAUGUCACUACAGUAACUUGGCCUUCUCUCUACUUGCUCAUGUGAUGGCGGAGCGAGUGGCGGGAGUGGAGUACCAGCGAUGGGUCACCGACAACAUUUUGGACCGCCUGGGGAUGGAGGACACCGGCUUCGACCUGACCCCGGGGCUGCAAAGCCAGCUGGCGGUGGGCGUCUACUCCAACGGAAAACCGGCACCGCUGUACGACCUGGGCUGGUACCGGCCCUCGGGUCAGAUGUACUCCACGGCCGCAGACCUCGCCAAGCUCGCCAUGAUGCUGCUGGGCUCCUAUCACCGCAAGCUGCUGGAGCCGGACUCCGUGAAGAUCAUGCUCACGCCGCUCUUCAGGUGCGACAAGGACUACUUCGCCAACCGCACCGGGACGCCGUGGGAGGUGAACGAGCUGAUGGGCUACGAGGUGCUGCGUAAGGACGGCGACCUGGAUGGCUACUCCGCCACUUUCUCCCUGGUUCCCAGACUGAAGCUCGGCCUCGUGGUGCUCAUGGCAGGCAGUCGGCCUCAGAGCCAGGAUGUGGUCUCAAAGGCGUACAGUUACAUCGUGCCGGCCAUAGAAAAAGCGUUCAGAGAUGCCAAGAAGGUCCUCACUGCUCCUCCGAACCCGGAGCCUUACGUCGGCUUUUUCACGUACAGCAACAUCACUUUCUAUGAGAUCAAAGUCGGAGCAGAUGGAGUUUUGAGCAUGCAGCAAUUUGGUCCUCAGAUCGAAGAGCUCAUCCCAGAGAAGUACAGGACGAUAAAGCUCAACUACCUGGUUGAGCGGGUGUUCAGGGUGGUGUUCGAAACAGAGUACCCUUGCAUCUUACGAGUUGGCACGGCCUCAGUGUCCCUCGAAGCCCAAGACGGUCAACUGUUCAACUUCUACCUGUUUGAUAAGCAGGGUUUAUCCCCCGGUUUCGAUGCUCCUGGACUAAACACGUAUAACGUGGUCAGAAUAGCCAGAAGGCCAACUUUCUCCACUUAA